AAUAACAAAAUGCAGUACUAACAAAAGAAUUAUUUUUAAUUAUUUUUGAAAGUUGCCUGAGAUGGUUCAAUAAGUUUUCUUAGAUGUUUGAUGUUAAUGGUUAAGUGGCACCCUGAUCAUGGAAUCACGCCUAUACACCGCAGGACUAGUACUGCAAAAUGCACUGGAAUAUUUAAAAGUAACGUCACGCAAUACAUUUUAACGAGGCCGUAUUAAAAAUACAGAGCUUCCUCUGGCAGCAGUUCAACAGCUCACAGCCCUCUCCAAGCCAAUCUGACGGUGCAGAAUGUCCUAGGAAGCCACACACUUGAGUUCGUUUAAUUAUACAGCUUGAUGUUGAUUUAGAGUAUACAGCCAGACUUAAUGUCCACUGAGAAAGCCAAGCCAAGAGAGACAGUGAUGAGGAGACGAAACCUCAAGAGAAACAUACAUUCAGCAGAGGUAAUCAUGAGUCUUUGUAUCAGAUAAUAAAUAUUUUACCCUUUCAGUUGCACAGAACUGAAAGGGUAAAAUAUUUAUAGUUUUUACUCUAGGUAAAUGGGACAGAGUCAGCAGUCAAUCAAUAAAGACGGAACAGGAGCUUGUGGGCUCAGAACGGCUGGAGGAGAUUUAUAGUAAAGGGAAAGUCCACCCUAAAAACAUUAAAUAUAUUUCUAUUGAAAUAUUUAGCAAUUCUGUUGUUAAUUUGUUGGUUGGUGCUGCAUUUGCAUUAUUCCUGUGAGAAGUUCGUGCUUGUCUGGGGUUCUGACAUCAUUUACAAUGGGAGAAAACACGUCACCCGUCUCUUUAAAUGAAAAGCUCAUCAUUUUAUUACAUUUUGGGCGCCACUAAAGAUGACAUGUUAAUUAUAAAGUUUAAUCUCCAAGUUGUUUAGGUAUUUUUUUUUUUUUUAGCACAUAACAUACUAUUCCUUUCUUUUUGGAUUUCAUUUCCGUUUGAUUUUAUUUUUGCUGUCAACAGCUAUUUGGUCGGUCUGAUUGCAGAGAUGCUGAUACAGGCAGAAAUAAAUGCAGCUUCCUCAGUCCAUUUUUAUCAUUCAUCACUUUUACUCUCACUCGUUUCACUUAUUAAUAAAUUAGGAGAAUUCUUCUCUCCUUUUUUGUUCCACCACUGGACCACAGGAGAAUGAUGCAUUGUGUUUGUGAUAAUGUGCCUGAAGGAUGAGUGACAGGAUUAAGAGGAGGUUCAUGCAUCAUGAGAUACGCCUAGUAAUGAGUUUUAUUGUCAGAGUGACACCUGACCUCUCGGUGUUGUGCGUGUGUAAAAUAAAGAAGGGUGUAAUCCUGAGCAUCUCAUUCUUCUCAGUCUAAUGAAGUGGACCAGCAGCUUACCACAACGUCUGUAGUACUACAAACUUUACUAUUAAGGUUUGUUUUAAAUUUAAUAAUCUUUUCUUUUAAGUGCUCUUAUAUACUGUAUGUACUUGGGUUUGAAACAGAAGAAUGGAAGAUCACAUUAGUGUGCUUGGUGUAUAUUAAUACACUGUUGAGUUACAGUAUAUUAACAUCUAUACUCGUGUGUGUGUGUGUAUACUCUGAACUCAGACCAGAGCUCGUGCCCUUCAUCUCUCCUAAAUAAAACACUGCUGGGGAAGCACGCACCAAGCCCACUAACGAAGUGUACGUCUGAAGCUCCCGCGGUAGGGACUAAGGUCAUGAGUACGCAGGGAUUUCCUGACUGUGUGUAUGCACAAGCGGCUGACACUUACCGAGCAUCCUGUGUGGAGAAGACGCAGGAUUACAGGGCUAUCCGUUAUGCCCCCGUCCCACACCCCGCUGCAGGAGACACUGUGAACAAGCGCAACACAAAGCAGAAUGAGCUUUGGGCUUAUGAACUGGCAUUCAACACUCUGAAAUUCCAAGCGCUGUUGGAGGACGUCCUGAUUGACAGCUGCUUCCAGGCGUCUCAGCAACUACCGGAUGACCUCAUGGCCCUGGCGAUGGUCAUGCUGUAUGACCUGCAGGACAGAAAGUUCCAGCCCAGAGAGCCGAUGACAGGAGAAGGGGAGGGGCCUGUAGAGGAAGUGAGGCUGAUGGAGGACAGCCUCUUCAGGUUUAGGACUAAGCUUGCAGCCUCGCUGGCUCGCUUCAGAAUCAAGCAGGAUCUGGUGUGUAUCGAUGACAUUCUGCCAAAAAGUGUGAAGGAAAAGCACCAGAGAAAACACAAACUACCCACCUGUGCCUGGGUCAACACACUCAAGAGCAGCUUGGAUGAAGUGUGUGUGACGCUGGAGACACUGGGCUUCGUUCAGGUGGAUCCACACACACAUCUGGAAGGGAGUGUGUUCUGCAAGGACACACACUGUCCCGAUGUCCUGCUGUUUCCACACCAAGCGCGAGAACUUCUAGACAAGACGACACUGUUAAUGGAUCACACACUUAUAAUACAGGAGAAGUCCCGCAGUCUGGCUGUGUAUGCACUGCGCCCCCUGUUGGCUAAAAACACAGAUAUUCUGAUAGCCGGGUCAUUCUCUGCACACACCGUGGCUCACGUAGGAGUCCAGGCUUCUGUCUUUUCCAACGUCGUCUACGCCUGUGGGCUCCCUGCUGACUCCGCCCACAGGGAGGAGCUACAGGCAACGCUGUCUAGCAUUGGCUGCAAAAACGUACGCUUGCUGUCUGAACAAUUUGCUGAACUGAGCGAAAGCGAUUCACGUCUCCAGAAGGUUGGGGUCGUUCUCGUGCUGCCCCGAUGUACGGCUUCAGCACUCACCGACCCCAUAGCGCAUAUUAUUAAUGAGGACGGAGACAGGAAGUUGCUGCACGAUCUGUCUCAGGGCGCUGUGUCUGACACAAAACUGGAGUCCCUGACCAAAAAACAGAUACAAGACCUGAGCCAUGCCCUGACCUUUCCCAAGGUGCACGGCGUGGUCUACUGCACGUGCUCAGUGUAUGCACAGGAGAACGAGUUGGUGGUGAAGAGAGCGCUCAAGAACGCUGCUGUCACAAGCAAGUUACGACCGUUCAGGGUAGUAUCUACAGGAUGUACGGAUGAGGAGAAGUUCUUAAGACUGCAGGCUUCCGGCACCGGCGAUGGCUGCUUUCUCUGCGUGCUGAAGCGAGAGGAAGCAGAAACUGUACAGGACAUACUGGUACGUGCAGCAGCGAAAGGUCUCCUGAACGGACUGGCGCUUCCUGAAAAAGUCAAGAAAACAAGAACGAAAGAAAAACAAAGAGGAGCUCCAGCUCCAGCUCCUCCUCAACCUGACCCCUCACUCUUCACUGACCCAAGUGUUUCUCAGCAGCUUCACACUGAUACCACUGCCGCAGGAGGUGCCCUAGACCACACCCGCGACUCACGCUGUCCUUCUCCUGCCCUGAACGACAAUUCUGCUGCACAUGUAGAGGCUUCCAAGGCUACCAAUCAGCAGAAAAAAGGUCGCAGGCGGAAAUCUAGAGCUCUGAAAUACAGCCGAAGAGUAAAAACCAAGACUCGAGCAACGCACAAGCGCAGGACACGAUCGUCCCGGAAGAAACCGCCUCGUGUUCAACCUGCGUAAGAACACACACACACACACUAUAAUACUUUUAAUAUUCUUAAGACCAGCACCUAAAUAAUAAAUGUAUUUAUUGUGCAAUAUGACUAAGGUUGAAGAGAAAUUUUUACUUGAAUAAAAUUUGAGCAUUAAUCAUAAAAUUUUCUGAACACCUGUUUACUAGAUAUCCAUCACAGGCUGCAUUAACUUUAAAAAAUCCAUAUCAAAGAAAACCAAUAUGAAUAAACUCAGACAUUUUCUGAUUC